AAUCCUACAGGAAGUUGUGUAGUUGCGUUGCUAUUUUCACUGGUUCUCCUGUUUUGUCUAACCCAAGAAAAAAAUCUGACUCAUAUUAUUUAUUCUUUGCAUUUUCGCUCCAGCAAAAUGAAACACAACUCCAACGUUCCCGGAUUUAUCACCAAGCUUUGGACCCUCGUCGAGGAUUCGGAUACAAAUGAAUUUAUUUGCUGGAGCCAGGAAGGGAACAGUUUCCUUGUACUGGAUGAACAAAGGUUUGCAAAAGAGAUUCUCCCAAAGUUUUUCAAGCACAACAACAUGGCCAGUUUUGUCCGACAGCUCAACAUGUAUGGUUUUCGCAAGGUGAUGCACAUUGACACGGGCAUAGUGAAGCAAGAGCGAGAUGGACCAGUUGAAUUCCAGCAUCCAUAUUUCAAACAUGGGCAAGAUGACCUGCUAGAGAACAUCAAAAGAAAGGUGUCACAUGCUCGCCCUGAAGAGAGCAAAAUAAGGCAAGAUGAUCUUUCUACAAUUCUGACAAGCGUUCAGAACGUACAUGAGCAGCAAGAAAACAUGGAUGCUAGACUUGCUACAUUGAAAAGAGAGAAUGAAGCUCUUUGGACAGCGCUGUCAGACCUCAGACAGAAACAUGCACAGCAGCAGCAGGUCAUAAAGGAGCUGGUGCAGUUCAUCUUCACAUUGGUUCAGAACAAUCGUAUGUUAAAUUUAAAACGCAAAAGGCCACUUACACUGAACAGUAACGGAAAGAAGUCUAAAUUCAUCCACCAGAUCUUCGAGGAACCUAUGGACCACAGCAAAUCUGCAGUGAAUGGACUCAAUGGAUUGAAGAACAGUUCUGACAUUUCUGAAGAUGUCGUCAUCUGUGACAUCACAGAAGAAGAUGCAGAAUUUACAGAUGGCGUAUCGGUACCAGCUGACCAAGGAGAUGCUGAAAUUGUGGAAGUUGCUUGUGAAAGCAGCCCGACUAUAAGAAACGACAGCACAAACGAAACUGGAACAAAUUCAACCACUCAACAAGAAGCAGUACCCAAAAUCAUCUCUGACAUUUUAUCAAGCACCCUGCAGUUGAACAAACCCUCAGCUCUAAGUUCAGAGGAUCCAGUGAAGCUGAUGAACUCCAUUCUCAGUGAAAAUGGAGCCAUUUCACAAAACAUAAACCUUCUUGGCAAAGUUGAGUUGAUGGACUAUCUGGACAGCAUUGACUGCAGUCUGGAAGACUUCCAAGCUAUGCUUUAUGGAAAACAGUUCAGCAUUGACCCAGAUAUCAUACAGGAAGCUGUCUCGGAAGCAAAGGAUAGCAUUCACAAAGGGAAGCCUGAGCCUGACAACACAGAUAAGCAGCUGAUCCAGUAUACAACCUGCCCUCUGCUGGCCUUCAUAGAUGGAUGCACCCCUCUGGCCCCACCAGAUUCUCCAACUGAAUACCUGUGCCAGCCUAUCCUGCCCCAGAGCCCUGAAAACAUCACAGACCUGUUGGACAAGGACCUGGAGACGGAGACGCCUCGCAGCUCUCUGAUCCGUCUGGAGCCGCUCACUGAGGCGGAGGCGAGCGAGACCACGCUGUUCUACCUGUGCGAACUGAACUCUGACCUGUCCAGUGACGACACGCCACAGCUUGAUAUCUGAAAGCUAAUCAGCCUGGAAAACAGACCUUUUCAUUUUUUGUAAAUAUUCAUCAAAACGAUGAUAUCUAUUUGGCAGAAUUUUUUUGGUAGUCUGUCCAUGAGUUUGACAUUCCUUCCUUACACAAGAUACUUCUAGUUACUGUUCACUAGCUAGUGUCCUUUCCACAAUCUCUACCAGGAGAUUAGGCUGCAGUUAUGUUGCUGGUUUACACUGCAGCUGUUUCGUGAUGCACGUGUUUUCCUGUUUUAUUAUUGAGCCGUUCAGAAAAUGUUAAAGCUAUCCUUUAUGUGUAUGGUAUAGAAGUGCCUGCCUGAUGUCCUAAUGUCACUGUAAAUAGACGUGAAGACUUUGGCUUAUGGUUAGUUCCAUAUUGUUGGACAAUACAGUGAUUCUUGUUACCGUGAGCUUUCCAUUAUUAUACAAAGCUUUGCAGUAGCAUUAAAGGAAUUUAAACAUUGAUUCUAGUGUUUUUUUGUU